UAGAGUAUAGGAGUGGUGGAAUGCAGUAAUAUAGCACAUCUCGAAUUUAAAACAUACAAUUUGAUUCCUACGUUGUUACAAGACACAUUGAAUAUGGUUCAACAAAAUACCAGUGUAUCUCUGCCAACAGGGCAACGAAUGCCCAUUUUAGGAUUUGGAACGUGGCACGCAAGCGGAGAAGAACUAGAAGCAGCUCUGGAUGCUGCUUUGGAAAUGGGAUACAGGCAUAUCGAUACGGCUACAGUAUAUGAAAAUGAACAUUUUAUUGGAAAAAUCUUAAAAAAAUGGUUGGAAUCGGGCAGGAUCAAGCGAUCCGAUCUGUUUAUUGUGACUAAGGUACCGCCUAGUGGAAAUAGACCCGGUGAUAUAAAAAAAUAUCUGGAAAGAUCACUUUCUAAUUUGCAUUUGAGCUACGUAGAUUUAUACCUCGUGCAUACGCCGUUUGGAUAUCAAGCUGGAGAAGAGCUUCAUCCUUUUAAUGAAAAAGGAGAAAUAAUUAUUGAUGCUGAUACAGACCAUCUGGAAAUUUGGUCGGCAAUGGAGAAUGAAGUGCUAGAAGGACGUACUAAAGCGAUUGGAUUGAGCAACUUUAACAUAGCACAGAUCAAAAGAAUUUUGGAUAACGCUAAAUUGCCAAUAUCAAAUUUGCAAAUUGAAUUGCAUGUUCAUUUUCAACAAACAGAACUAGUCAAGUUUUGUCAAGAUAACGACAUCAGUGUAACGGCGUAUGCUCCUUUAGGCAGCCGUGGAUUUGUUGAGAAAAUAGGAAAGGGAAACGUUGUGCCGGACUCAUUAAAAAACGUAACUGUGUUAGAAAUUGCGGAAAAAUACGAAAAAACGUCAGCACAAAUAUUACUCAAACACAUAAUUCAAAAAGGCAUAGCGACUAUACCGAAAAGCAUUAAUCCUUUAAGAAUUGAAGAAAAUAUGAAAUUAUUCGAUUGGGAACUCGAAGCUGAAGAUGUUGACAAAUUAAAUGCUUUAGAUAUGGGAGAAUCUGCACGCGUGUGUGAUUUCAGUUUUUUUAAAGGUCUAUCAAAGCAUCCAGAAUUUCCUUUCUAAGAUUAUCAUAUAGGAUAUCCCGAAAUUAGGUAAUAAAAAUACUAUAGCAAGAAAGGUUUCAAAAUAUUAAGUAAAAAAGUUAUUUGUAAAUUUUUAUUUUGGACAGUAGUUUUUGAGAUAAUAAGGAUUUAAAUAUGACCAAUUAUAGACUGCGUUUAGACGACCACCUGUUCUUGAAUCGCGCUUACGAUAGUAUCAGCGAGCCAAGUGCACAUUUUUUAUUAAUACAUAUUCACUAUCACUAAUUAGAUGAUCGUUUAAAGAUCUACAGUUGGCCAUAUUUAAAUCCUUAUAUCUCAAAAACUACUGU